ACGGCGCCCAGCGCGGAGGAGUGCCGGCCGUCGAGCUGCUUACCUCAAGGGGUGCGAAAAAGCGGGCAAGCUGCGCCGGAAGGGGGUAGCCCGGGCUUCUCGCGAAGGCCUCAAGAUUUCGGACGCGACGGCGGCCCUGGACCUACGCGCCCAGACACAAGCCCAAUCGGAAUUUGGCUUGGACCACCAGCAGCAGCAGCAACAGCAUCACCACCAGCAUCAGCAGCAACAACAGCACCAUCACCAUCAGCAGGCACAACAACAGCCGCAGUCGCAGCAACAGCAGCCGCAGCAACAUCCGCAGCAGCAGCAACAACAGCCGCCACCACCGCAGCAGCAGCAACAACAACAGCAGCAGCAGCAGCAACAACAACAGCAGCAACAAACUCAAAACCAAGACAACCGUCCCCACCAUCCUCUCCUUCAACAGCAGCCGCAACAACAUCACCACCACCACCACCAUCAUCAUCAUCAACACCACCCGGGGAAUCAUCUCCACCCUGGCGAUUCGGGGGGUGGGAUAGGUGGUGCUGGCGGAGGAGGAGGAGGAGGGGGAGGCGGAAGUGUUGGCGGUGGAGGCGGAGGAAACGCUGGAGGUGGAGGCGACGCUGGAGGAGGCGUCGGCGGAGGUGGUGGUGUUGCUGGUGUUGCUGGAGGACUACCGACAUCAACCGAGCAAGAUAGAGCCGCGAGAUUACAGGACGAAGAAGACGAGGAUAUUACAGAAAGAGAAGACGAGGAGGAGGACGAGGACCCUUGCAGUUCGCCAGAACCCGAUCUCGAGAACGACCACGAAUCCAUGGAAGUCCAAGCCUCGGCCGUCACAGCGGCGGCCGCCAACUUGCACGCUCUGCGACAGCACGUCUUCAAGAUGUCUGAUUAUUGGCAGCAGCCGCAACGAGGCCCGCCUCAGCAUUCACCGGGGAUACAGCAUAGCCCAAUAUCAAACUCAACGCAACAGCAACAGCAUCAGCAGGUUUCGCAGAUGCACAGUCCCCUUGGCCAACAACAGCAGCAACAACAACAACAGCAAGCAGCGGUGUCGCAGGUGCAACAAAAUGCCAACUCUGGCCUAGGACAAACGACGAGUCCGCAACAACAAUUGCAGCAACAGCAGCAACAGCAACAACAACAACAUGCGAUGUCGAUGAAUCAGCAGGCCGCUCAGAGUGCGCAACAUCAAUCUUCCCCGGCACCCACGACACCGUCACCCCAUGCGGAUCACCAAGGUGCCAUCGCCUCGAGCAUGGCCCAAAGUCUCCAUACGUUGGCAGCACAGGCCCAACAGAGCAUGUCUCAAACGUCAAGCCCAUCGCUGGGCGUUCAAGCUGCUCAAGCUCUAAGCCAAAACCUAGGGCAAGCAUUGACGCAGGCCCUCACUCAAAACAUGCAACAGAACCUUGGUCAAACGUUGCAGCACAAUCUGGCGCAAAGUUUGACGCCCAAUCUGUCGCCUCAACAACAACAGCUGCUGAACCAACCGCAGAACCUAAGUCAAACCAAUCAAAGCUUGCAGAAUAUUCAAAGUCAGGCGCAAAAUCUUUCGCAGACGUUACAACAGCAGGCGCAAAAUUUAACGCAAAACCUCAGCCUGAGUCAACAACAGGCAUUGCAGCAGCAGGCACAGAAUCUAACGCAAAAUCUUCAACAACAGGCGCAAAACUUGACGCAAAAUUUGCAACAACAGGCACUUAAUAUGGCCGGUACGAUCGGGCAAAACGGUGCGUUAACCGGUAUGAACAUGUCGGGCAGUCAACAACAAAAUUCUCAGAAUUCGAUGCUUAGUCCUGGCGCGACCAGCCAAGACUCCCACGACGCUACGCUCACGGAGAAGCUCGUCAACGAGUUACAGUCUCGUGCCUCUGCGGCGGGGCUUGGUGGUGCGGGAGGUGCUGGCGGAGGCGGAGGAAUGGGCAACAUCAGCGAACGCACCCUCGAGGAAUGCUGGUCCACCCUGCAGCGAUUCUUCUCGCAGAUCUUCAUGCACAAGAGCGCGAUGCAGAUGCACGCGAGGGAGCUGGGUGCUGGCGCACUGACGGCAAGACCCGGGGGUGGCGUCGCAGGAGGCCUCGCGGGUCUCAGCGUCGGUGUUGGCGUUGGCGUCGGACCCGGGGGCAUGAUCACCGGUAACGAGGUCAAACCACACCAGUGCCAGCAAUGUCUCAAGUCCUUCUCGAGCAAUCAUCAGCUCGUGCAGCAUAUCAGGGUUCAUACCGGCGAGAAGCCCUAUAAGUGCAGCUACUGUGACCGCAGGUUUAAACAACUUAGCCAUGUGCAACAACAUACCAGGCUACACACGGGUGAACGACCGUACAAGUGCCAUUUACCGGACUGCGGACGGGCUUUCAUCCAACUAUCGAACCUUCAGCAACAUCUUCGGAAUCACGAUGCCCAGGUGGAAAGGGCGAAGAACCGGCCGUUCCACUGCAACAUCUGCGGGAAGGGCUUCGCCACGGAGUCCAGCCUCCGUACCCAUACGUCGAAGGAGUUGCAACAGCGUGUUGUGUUCCAGCAACACGCCGCCCUGAUCGGCGGCCCGAACGCAACCAGCUGUCCUGUCUGCCACAAACUCUUCCUCGGUGGCGAAGCUCUGAUGGAGCACAUGAAGCACACCCACAAGGAUCCAAAUGCCUCCGGCGUUGCCAAUGAUGGUGAUGAUGAUGAUGAUGCUUUCGUUCCUUGGGACGCUUUAUCCUGCUUGGCAUUGACCUUGAAAUUGUCUCGCCCUAUUGUUCCCUCCGCUGACUGCACAACCUCCGUUGCCGGGGUUUACCUAGCGAAGCGACGGACGGCCAACCACCCGUGCCCGGUGUGCGGAAAACACUACGUCAACGAGGGUAGCCUUAGGAAGCAUCUAGCCUGCCAUCCUGAGACCAGUCAACUUAGCACGAGCCUCAGAAUGUGGCCGUGCUCGGUGUGUCAAGCGGUCUUCACUCACGAGAGUGGUUUGUUGAGUCAUAUGGAACACAUGAGGAUGGAUCCGAAACAUCAGUUCGCGGCGCAAUACGUGUUGAGUCGCGCGGCGGCCGAUAGGAGAGAAAGGGAAAUUCUCGCGAGUUCGAGUCUAGGUGCGGGGCUAGGUGUUUUGGGAGGUCAAUCUGGAGGACCACAAAAUUUGCAGCAACCACCGAUGUGCCCAUCGCCGUCGGCCCACUCCGAUAGCAGCAGUGGAAACGGACGGCUAUCGUCGGCCGGAAGUGAACCUGAUUUCUGCGCAGGCACCGGUCUAUUGAACAACAACAACAAUAACAACAACAACAACAUGGCAUCGCCAGGACCCAGCGGUAACAAGCUGAGUGAAAUGUUGAGAGCGGGCAGUCAGCCGGGUUCCGCGCAACAGUAUCACGACGAGAUGCAAUCGCAACAACAACGCAUGGCCGUCAUGGCCGCCGCCGUGUCAGCGGGUCUACAAAACUCGGUGUCGCCGAAUUUGUCGCCCGUAGACAUGGCGUCGUUAGCGGCAGCCAUGAGGAUGGGUAACAACGGAGAUAUGAGCGGCAGUGCUCAAGGAUCGGCUGGAUCUCAACAACAAAGUGUCCAGGCUACUGGGCCCGAACAAGCUCUGAGAAUGCAUCAAGCGGAAGCUUUGUUACGUUCUCAAGCUGAAGCUGCCCUUCGGCUAGCGGUGUCCCAGGCAGCGGCCGCAGCGGCAAGUUCAGCAGUUGGGGGAGAUGUGAGACAUCAUCUAACGCAACACAAUGGCGGCGGAACUUCCGGUAUACCAGGACAUCACGCGAAUCAACAAAUGUCACAACAAGACAGCUUGUCGCCCGAGUUCGGGGAAGCUCUACGCCUACAGGAGCAACGAUUAGAGCAAGCCCUAAGGCUUCACGGUGACCCACGCGCCCUGAGUUUUACCAUCCAGCAGGUGGUCAAUCAACAGAACAAUCAGCAACCAUGAAAGUUCAGUUACUACUGAGACGAGUGGACCCCUUGGACGCAAGAGCAGACGGCUCUGCAGCAAGUCGAGCGUAUGAACCAACAGCAGCAGCAACAACAACAACAGCAACAUCAACAACAAGUGCCGGAACGCUUGACACCUUUAAAUAAUCAUCAGCAGCAGAGCUCGUCCGGCAUCGGCCAUCACCAGCAUCAGCAACAUCAUCAAGAGGAUCGAGGUGUCAAGAGGAAAGUAGAAGACAUGCUCGGUAAUGCUGAAAACGCGUAAAAAGCGGUGCGUUCAAGUGCGGUCAUCAACGAAUUCGCUCAACGUCUCAGCAGUAUGAAAAUGAAAAAUAAACGAAAGAAAAAGCGCGUGGAAGUUUGAAAUAAAAGACUUCGUAGGCGGACCGGACGAUUGUUUUUCAAGAAAAACACGGCCCGAACUCCGUUAGUUUUCGCGAACCUCGCGAGAUCAACGAGCCGAACUUGUUUAGCCGUAUUGAAACUCAAUACUCCGUUCGAUUCAAAUGAUCCAUCGGAGACGAUAUUAGAGCUGUAGGUACGGCUAAUCCGUUGCACGGUGUCGAUUCGACGUAACAGUGGCGACGCUAGCCUCCGACUUUUACGAUGUUCCUCGCGUCGUACACGCUGUUCCUAUUUCGGUCCUAAAGAAAAAAAAAAAAAGAAAAAAAAACAAAUGUACUGAUCUCGAUCGAGAACGUCGUGUACGCGACACCAGAAAAGAAGAGAGACAGAGAGAGAGAGAGAGAGAGAGAGAGAGAGAGAGAGAGAGAGAGAAAGAGAGAUGGAAAUAGAAAGAUAGAAAGAAGAAAAACAGAGAGUGCUAUGUUAUUGGUGUUUUCGCGUGUAAAAAAUGGACGUUCUCGGGUCGUCUUCCGCCGACCCUUUUCUCAAAUCGCGAAUGAUACCGAUUGUACUGCAAUAUAGAAGAUUCUGCAACUAUAGAAGAUAAUACUAACUCUAUCCUCUUCUACUUUAAGAUCCUCUGGGAUCACAGGUACGCGUCGCCACCGUUACGACCUUGUGUCGUCACCCGAAACGUGCCAUAAUGAAUGAAUGGAAGACCGUAGUCGUUCGACUCGUCCUCGUUGUGUAUACUAACACGACCACUCCUCGUCAGUCGGUCGCGUUCCGUAUCGCCUUGAGGACGUGUGACGCGGUACUUAUAUGACUUUUUUUAGUACAAGAGCCAUAACGACGGUCAACGAGAAUUCACAUGAUCAAGUGAUCCUCAAGUCCGAUUCGCGGUUCAACAACCGAGCUAUAUGUAUAUUUAUAUAUUUAUAUAUACAUAUAUAUAUAUAUAUAUAUAUAUAUAUAUACAUGUAUAUAUAAUGUCCGCAUGUACAUCGGUCAUUAUAUAUGUAUAUGUAUAUAUACAUAUAUAUAUAUAUAUAUAUAUAUAUAUAUAUUUAUAUUUAUAUACAUAUGUAUGUACAUGUAUCUAUGUAUGUAUGUAUACAUACAAGCCAGUCUCAAGGUUCCCUUAAUCUUAAUCUCCUGUAACGUUUAAGAAGACGAAUAACACGCGAUAUACACAGAAACACAGAUGAAAAAUAGAAAGAAAAUGGAUAGAGUCGGAGUGAAACCGCCGUACACGUAUACGUGCGUCGACAAAACGAUGAGAAGAUCGGUCGCAGCACUCUUUCGAGCGAGAGAUAAACCCUUCUCCUCGUAAUCGUAAUUCACGCUUACGGCUACGUGAAAGCACACAUAUUAUAUACACGCAUACACACAAAUAAACUCCGUGAAGAGAAGAAAGAAAAUAGGAGGGCCGAACGUGUUUCUCAACAAGCGUGUCGCGUUCCCGAAAAACAAUGCAAACGAGUGUGAAAGAACGUUAGUGAUAAACACACACGCAGAGAUUCACACACACACACACACACAUACAGGCACACACACACGUAUAUAUAUAUAUAUAUAUACACACGCUAAUAUAGCGUGGACAAAUGGGGAACGCAUCACACGCAUAUAAUCACACACGCACGUAUAGACAUUUGGUAGGACACUCUCUGUACACAUUAAGCACAUACUGAAAAUACAGUUACUGGUAAGAUACACAUAAAUAAACACACACACAUACAUAUAUAUAUAUACACACAUAUACACACAUACGUACUGUGUAAACUCUUGAAGAAAAAAAAUGCGCGCAACUUGUGCUCGUGAUAGCACGAAAACUAUUAGCUCGUAAGCGGACAAACAAAAUAUAAUUAUUACAAACAGUUAUAUUAUAUAUAUUAUAUAUACAUACAGAGUAUGAAGAGUAUGAUGGAAGAAGCGAAGAGAAACAAAAAAGAAAAAAAAGAAAAGAAUAGUGCACGGGUGCGAAAAGAGAGAAAGAGAGGGAGAGAGAGAGAGCGAGAAAGAGAGAGUGUGUGAAAGAGAGAGAGAGAAAGAGAGAGAGAGAAAGAGUAGAAAGUCACCCGAGUAAAGCACGCAAAACACACAUUUUAAAAUGAAAAAAAAAAAAAAAUUGAGCGUGAAUGCGAACGAACGUUUUUCGUGUGCGAGCACGCUCGAGAUGAUGAUGAAGAGAUAAAUAAAAAAAAAACUAAAUGCUAAAUAUUAUAUAUAUAUUAUAUAUAUAAAUAUUAUAAAUAAUGAAUAUAGGGUCUAUGAGACUAGGAUAGUUAGGCGAAAGAGAAAUUUCGUGCGAAUGAGGCGAGCGCAUCUGUGCGAUUUUAUGCGAUUCCAAGUAUCUUCGCCGAGAAAAUGUAUAAAUACGAAGAAUGAUUGAGAAAAAGAAAGAAUGAGAGAGAACGAAUGAGAGUUAGUGAGAAUGAGUAUGAAUCUACGAGUGAAAGAGAAACAGAGACAGAAGCAAUAACGAAAGAAAGAACGAGUGAAAGAGAUCGAUGAAUGAGGCGACGAAAUUGGAAACGACGCGUAAACGCACGGAUGCGCACGCAGUGCGAAUGUUAGAAUCGAGCAAAUGAGAAUGCUUCGUGAGCAUCAAGGAAGAGAACGAAUGCGUGAAGAUUAAAAAAAAAAGCGGAGCGUUUGAGAUUUUAGAAUGACGUGCUUCAGGUAAUCUGAGGUCCUGUGAUCGUUAUAAGCGAAAUAUUUUUUUAUUUCCGGGUAAUAUAUCUGAACGCGUAAAGCACUUGCGUCGUUUCGAACUUUUACUUGCAAUAUACCGUUACGUUCUCGCAAUACUUAGGAAGAAAGGAGAUUGAACAAAAGAAAAAACGAAAAAGAAUAAAAUAAAGACGAAUAAGAAGAGAAAUGGAUGAGAGAAAAAAAUAAUACGAAGAUGAGGAUGACGAAAGGAUGAUGAAAGUGUAUCGUAAAAAGUCCGUACGUUUUGACCAUGGAGCGAACUAUAGGAAAAAAUAACUCGAGCCAACCCCCUUUGACCUUUUCAAAAGGCGACCAUUCAUACUUUAGAAUCCUAUUUAACCUUUCAUGUUACUUCACCUAAACCUUCACCAUCACGGGAUGAACAAAUCUUUCGAUCUAGUUUCCAAUCUCAUGUCAUUUAAAAAAGAAAAAUAACAAAAUAAAAAAUAAUAUAUCGUGGAUCGUCCGUACUUUCGAUGGGAUUUCUUUCGACAAUUUCAAUUAUAAGACGAAUAUUGACGGUUUAUGCGCUAAAUCGACGAGAUAACGAAACUAAAUUUUACAAUGAUAAUCAUUCGUGGACGUAACAAUGAUCGAAAGCGGGAGAUAAUAAUAAUAAUGAUAAUGAUAAUGAUAAUAAGACCUACAAAAAGUGAAAAUAAAAGAUAAACGGAGCCCUCUUUCGGACAAAAAAAAACGAGAAAAAAAACAGAAGAAAAAAGAAAAGAAAGAAAAAGAAAAAUCAAUGCCGACGGUAACGGUAAUUAUUCGGAAAUAAUAAUAAAAAAUUAUAUAGAGGGUUGAUUAAAAAUUAAAACGGAUCGGAAGUACAAAAGAGGCGCGAUAAGAUUCGACUCAUUGUCAGAAGACGUUCGACUUCGUUUCUUUGACUGACAAUCGCGGAACUAGUAGAGUGCGGAAACGAAUGGUAGCAUGCCGAAUAUAAUAAUCUCUUUCCUCUCCCCUUGACAUACGUCGAACCGCGUUGUUGUUGUUAUUGUUAUUGUUGUUGUUGGCCCCCAUUCGGAGACUCUCGACGAGACUUUUCGUUCUUUACCGGCUCGUAACUUACUACCUGAUAAUAUCUCCCGCUUUUGUUGUUUCUUCCACGAUUUGAUUUGGUAAAAAAAAUAUAUAUAGAUAUAUAUUUCCUCACGAGUUUCCUUGACGGAGAAGGAAAUUUUUUUUUCGAAGAACUAUUUCGGAGCAACAAAAUUUUUCAAAGAAAUUCGUUAAUACCCUAUAAUUUAAUACUGUGGACACGAGAAUGAAAAAAGGAAAAAAGAAAAGAAAUGAAAUGAAAAGAAAUGAAAAUUAUAAAAAGUCAGAGGAGACAGGAAAAAAACCCAUCUAAAGAAGGGAAUCGAUCGAUUUUAAUUUUUAUGUUAAAUCUAGAAUGAAAUAACGUCGAGUUUUGGUGUCUCUCUCAUUUUCCCUUUUCAAGGAACUUGUUCCCGUCAAGUCCCUUUGUUCGCCAAUUACGAAAGUAUAGCCUAACGUCGUCAUCUUCGUUGAACGUAAAAGACACGCGCCAAGAAAAGCCGCCGGGUAAACAGGCUUUUUUCACCAUCCGGGACGAGAAAAGAAAAGAUCGCUAAAGGAUUCAUCGUCAAAGCUACAUUUUACAAUCGAACCCGCCUCGCGCGCGAGACUCCGGAAAUAUCGAAACUUUCGACGAUCUCGCGGCGCGGUUAAGAAAUAAUUUUGCGUCUCGUUAAAAAUAUAAAAUAAAGGAAAACAAUUUUUUCGAUCAAACGUGCCCCAAAAUUAACUCGAUAGACCAAAGCGCGGCGUAUAACGAGAAUAAAAAAAAAAAAAAGAAAAAAAAGAAAAUAAAAAGAAAUCCAAGAAAUGAGCACACACGAGAAUGGAGAAACAAAAAUUAAAAGCACGAAAAAAAAUGUUAACAGGAUAAAAAGAAAAAGUAAACUUCGUUUCCCGAGUCUCGCGCUGAGCGAUCGCGGGUCGAUCAUUGGUCGUUCUUAUUAUAAAGAAUUUUUACGUUACAGGGCGUUUUUUCCUCGGAUUAAGUAGUAUGUAAAUACACCUUGAUAUCACAAGCAUAAACUGAGAAUUUACUGGUAAACUUAAAGGAAGUACAUAAUGCGAAAUAGGGUUAGUUUCUAUGUAAAUACCUAAAGCUGGACGAGUGCAUACACCUCGUUCAUGCAACCAACGAUAAUCGUUUUUAUCGAACCAGAGCUUCUGUUCGUCGUCGGUGUACGCCUGGACGUCGAUGAGCGUUCCUAUUCGGAUUAUCCUCUUACGCUCGUCUUGGAACAAAUGGCGGUAAUCUUAAAAGGAACGCUCUGCGAGCCGAGCGUCGCUGAUCGGGAAAUUCUUUUUUUUUCUCGACACCGAUACUCUCACGCGCGACACGCGCCUAUGCAUAUACUUACACUUAUACUAACACUUAACACACUUAUGCAUACACACAGAUACACACAUAUAUACACAUACACAGACACAAAGAUAGCCUUGCGAUGGAUUGUACAGCUAUGCUAAAACAACAUUACCAACUCGAACAACAACUUUCGGCAUUAUCAUAUUACUCUUGCACAACUCGGCACCGAUGAGAAUUCUAUAUAUAUAUAUAUCUUUUUUUUUCUCUGACUUCGGGCUAGGGACCAACAUUCGGUUUUAUUCACCAUCGACAAAGAUAAUCGGACCGACCGUUUAGAUAGAGUGACAAAAGAAACAACGUAACGCUGUUUUAUAUUUGGGACGAAGCAAAGAUCACGAAUUAUUUUUUAACCUCGUUUGUCAUGCACGUAUCGAAAUAUAAACGAAAAUUCGUUAAUUAUAGGGAAAGAAAGAAAAAAAGAGAGAGAGAGAGAGAGGGAGAGAGAAAGAAAGAGCGAGAGCGUUGGGUUGAUCGGCAUGAAAGAUUUGUGGAUGUCAUUUUAACUGCAAUGUCAUUUAAGUUGUGUUCUUUGAACAUGACUUGAAGGUUGCGACAUUUUUGAAAGAUUGAAGCGAAUGUGCAUGAACGAGAGUGCGAACGAACGUUAGCUUCGAGGGCACAAAGUUGAGAUUUAGAUAAACCAAACGGAAAAGAGAAAAAAAGAAAAAAGAAAUACUACAUAGAAAAAAUACGAUCCGAUCAGAAAUUUUUGAAUGACUUCGCUUUCAUACAAAAGAUAUAUAUGUGUAACGAUAAUCAACCAAAAAAAAAAGAAAGAAAGAAAGAUAAAAAAAAAACAAAUAUGAUCGACUGACAAAUCCCAACAAUUACAAAAAUCAUUUCAAAAAGAUUAGAGUAAAAACAAUAAAGAGCUUGAUUUUUACGGUCCCUAAGAAAAAUCCACGAAGGAAAAAAAGAGAAAGAAAAUAAAACGGGUGCACAAAACAAUACGAUAAGAGUGCAGGAAAACAAAAGCAAAACAAAAACAAAAAAAAAAGAAAAAAGAAAAAGAGGAAAAAGUGAAAAGAGAAAAGAAAAAAUGAGAAGCUUUCGAAAUGAUACAAAAAAGAAAAAAGGUUAGAAAACAAAGAAAAAACGAUAAAAUCAAAAAAGCAGUACCAUUUAUCACCACCAUCACCAUCACAAAAGAUAUAGAACAACAGCAACAAUACAAAAAACACUAUACCACUCUAACCACCCACGUCAAAAUCCUUCAUGGACGCGAGUACACGCACCGUGGACCCAUGAAACGAUUGACAGGCGAGAAUUUUUCAACAAAAAAGAUAAUAAAUAAUUUAAAAAAAAAAAAGAAAAACGGUGCAUCCUGCCGUGCGCCGAGGGUUGCUUUUUCAUGUUGAAUGCAAAAGUAACGAGAAAGAAAAAAAUAUGUAAGUUAGAGAACAAGCGCACACACACACAUUCGAAUGGGGCAACCAAUUGAAAUUUUCCCUGCUACCCACCUAACCUUUUCCAACCGUUAAUCUGACAGCCACUAUCCCCGUCCAACCUCUAAAAAUCAUCACCCCAUCCCACCCAAAAAAUAAUAAUAGAGAGUGAGAAAGAAAAAAAGAAGCAUAAUAAAUAUCAAUCACACACAUCUCCGCGCGAGAAGGAGGAAUUCCCGAGGCGCCGGCCCGUGCCCCGCGAACGUUGUAUCAUAAUUUAAAAUUAAAUGAAAAUAAUAAGAAGUAACGCAAAAAAAAUAAUAAAAAAUAAAUAAAUAAAUAAACGCUAAUAAUAAUAACGCGAAAGAAAAGCUAAAAAAAAAAAAAAAAUAAAUAAAUAAAUAAACACAAUGAAAAGCACACAACAUUACAAUAGCUCUAGUAGUGUAUGUUCUGUAAUCGAAGCAGGAAUAAGCGCAGAUAAAUGAUAAAAAUAAGCGCGCACGUCAGAGCGUCCACCUUUUUCAAAAAGAGGUGGGAGAAUGAUGUGCCGCUAAAAAAAAGCACAAAAAAAUAAUUUACAAAUAUAUUGAUUUACAUAUGCCCGUAACUAAUAAGCGGGUCGGUGGCGCAGCGCUCGCGAGCAGCAUUCGCCCCAUUUGUAAUGUGCUCUCUCUAGCUCCUCCAUCCUCUUCCAUAUAAACGGGCAACGAUCUUCUUUCUCGUUUAAUUGUUCACGGGGGAUUACCGUUAUACUUAUCAAACUCGGGCCAGUAGGUAAAUGCGAAUCUUCGAAAAGUGAGGGUAACAGAGAAUGGGAGAGCGUACGAACCCGAAAGGUUAAAACGGUCCUUGUGCGAACCAACUAGACUUAAUUCUAGUCUAGCUCAACGAGAAGAAGACAAACCCGAUUAUCACGCUAAGAAAUGAAGAAAGAAAAAAAGAAAGAGAGAGAAAGGAAGAGGGAGAGAGAGAUAUAUAUAGAGAGAGAGAAAAAAACAGACAGACAGACAAAUAUGUAAAUUAUCUGAGGCGAGUCUACAAGGCGAGACCCUGCAAAACCGACCCUAACCAUAAUCUUAAUCUCUUUCAUGUAAAUUUGCUAAAUGUUUAAAUAAUCUAAAACUUGCCAUAGCCCGGAUGCGCUGGUGCAUACUCCCAGCGCAUACACACUACAAAUACGACUCGACUUAACGAAUAAAUGCAAAAAUCCGCGGUAACGUCUCCAGUGUAAACGACGUUUCAGGGUUGAGCGACGCCCACGUCAAUCAAUGGGAACGCCCGCGGUAGAAUUGGUAUUCUCGACAAGGAACAAUUCACAACAAGCACAGAUUACAACUACAGCAACAGAGGAACACGAGCAAUUACCCGAAUACAUCGGACACAAAUACACGCACAGCAAUUGGUAAGGAGAGCCCUGUACACAUAAACACAUUCUUAUUACACGCUCGAAAAACUCUUACACUAUAUCUACACUUCGUACACAUAAUAAAUACACAUGCUACGGAUAUGUAAAGCCAAUUGAUUUUGUAAAUUGUCCAAAAAAGGAAAUUUUUCGUGUGAGUUUUAAACGGCAAAAGAAGAAAAAGAAAAAAAAAAAGCAAAAAAAGAAAAGUAAUAGAAAAAUAAUAAUUUCAAGAAAGCUUAACGUGGCAAAGCAAUAAUUAAAACAUAUUCGGCCCAACAUUAUAUCUAUAUUUAUACGAUAUUUUCAUGCGACAAUUCGGAAUAUCGCACCGAUCUGUCUGGAAUGGAUUUAUUGGAGGAUAUUUGAAUCGGAUCAUCCUUCCAGGUGGAAAGGAUCCAUACCACCGAUGAAAAAAGCUUCACGGUGGCUCGAGCAAAAGAAAAAUAAAAAUAAUAUGAAAAAACAAAUCAAGAAAAAAAAACACAUAAAGCUAAUGUUUUGAAUAAUAGAAAAAAAAUUAAAUGAAUCAGUAAGAAAACAUUCGCGGCCUUUGGCAUACGUUUGGAUGCAGAACCGAUGAUGAAUGAGCUUGCACGGAAUCCCGUGCGAUCUCCAUGGUCCCCCGGACUUGACGAUAGAAAACCCGGCAAUGAUACGAACGAACUCUUCUUCUUGAAGAGUUUCGAUCCUGAUGAUGGACAGACAAUGAGGUGCCGCAAAGUAGUCCGAUGGACAAAAAUAUGAAUGGAUGAAAGGAAAGGAAGAAAGAAAAGAAUGAGAAUGAGAUAAUCGUCAUGAGAGAGACUUACGGCAUCUCGGUAUAAUCUAGUGAACUGUCUGUUCCACAAUAUAUAUAUAUACAUACAUAUAUGUAUACAUAUAUAUAUAUAUAUAUAUCACAAAAAGAAUAAAAAAUAAAAUAAAAUAAACGAAGAAAAGAUAAAGAUGAAGAAGAUAAAAGAAGAAGAAUAAGAAGUCGAAGGAGAAGAAAGGCGCUAUUAAAUAAGACGACCUAGGAAGUGGCAGCGGCGUUGUAGGAGCCGUUGUUCGAGUACGGCUUUACAAGCAAAAACCGUUGGUUUGUUUUCGAUCGGGUUUUAAUUUUUUAAUGAAAUAAUCUCACGACGAAUAUCGCGUACGAUCAAGAUCGCUGAUUUCAAAUCGAAAAAAAGGGCGAAUGACGUAUGUGUAUAUUCGUGGCAGUGUGUAUCGUAAGUGCGCAGCAUAUGAUAAAACCGACAGUCUAGCAGUGCGAGCGCCUCGGCGGCAUUCGCGUCUUCACGCGGUGACCUUGACCGAGCCUCCGUGAUUAAAAACCGGAAUAAGUUGUUUCAAUGUCCACUAUAUAAAUGAAGAGCCAUAGUCGUUAUAAGGCGGUGACUCCAACCUCGAUAUCGUCGACGACCGAACAAAUCCGUCCUUAAUUUCGAUUUUAUCUAAUUUUAAUUCGAAUCUAAACUGACGAUCUAAUAAAUUCGAAUACAAUUUGAUAAAGCUUAAUACAUCGUGUAACAAAAUUUAAAAUCGACUUUUGGAAAAAUUCUUGAUCAGUGAGCGAUAACAUAUCAAAAUUUAGGUAUACUAAUAUAUACCAAAAGAAAAUAAUAUAUUUGGCGCGAAAAGAAAAAUAGCAGGAAAAGGAGGAGGAAGAAGAAAAAGAAGAAAAAAAAUUUCGCCCACUAUCCAGGACGGAUAAAAAUCGUAUCAUAUCGCUUGGAAAAAAAUAUUAGCAAAAAUAACAUCCAAAGGAGUGGCAACUGCCUUUUUCAUUCGGACGACCAACAACAACUGCGAUUCUCGACGAUGAUGAGCGUUCGGAGUCAUCGCGUGGGUCCGUCACUGAAGGCAUCGUGAUUCUGACGAACGCGGUGCCUUCAUGACGGGCGAUACUCUUUUUCAAAAUAUUCUCCAAGUUUUCGUUAACGAGAAUGUGUUUUUUCUCCCUUGUAUCCCUUAGUGAACCCUCUCCAUUCGUAUCCGAGGUGAAAGACCGAGUCCGAUCGCAAAACAAUACGAUUUAGAGACAAUCAAUCAAUCAGAUGAUAGACGUAUCAAACAAAUGAGUAUAAAAAAAAGCAUAUGCACAGAAAAAACAAACGGAUGAAACAUAAAUAAGGCCUAAAAUGAAAUCGAUGAUGACACAUAACCGUCCGUUGAGUGGGUGCCUUCGUCAGGGUUUUCCGUUACAUUAAACGAACGUUUUCAAGUAUAACUCACAAUUAGUAGUGUUAUGGUAGAACAGUAAUUACAGUGUACCGCAGUAAACAAUUAACUAAGUAAGUAUACAGGAAGCACGUGGUCUUUUUCAGUGUCUACAGUAUCGUCGUACACCACCGUGCAGUGGAACGACCGGAAACACCGGAUUCAUUUCGCGUGCAGUUCCCUUCCCGCCAAUUUCACCUCUUACCCUCCAUCGUCAUUACUAAUCCAAAAAAAAUUCGCUAAGCAGGUCGAUUCAAUUCAGUAAAUUCACAAAAUGACGGAUGGAUCGAAAAUUUUGAUCGAAAGGAAAAUACUUCGAAAUACCCUCCCAUCUACCCGUCCUACCGAAUCCGUCGUUUCGACGCCAUCCACCGUCCGCGAGAUCAGAGAUACAAUCAGCAUUUAACAGAUAAAUAUGAUAAUAAGUGUACUAAGUGUCCGUAGUUUAGCCAACGUGUACAUUGUAUACUCCAAUAGAGGAAAGGAAGGGAAAGAAGUUGGAUGGAUAUAGAACAAGAAAAGGAACAAUUUUAUAAAUAAAAUAGAUAGUUUAGAGAGGAGAAAGAACGAGAGAUAGAGAAAGAGGGAGAUAGGGAGAGAGGGAGAAAGAGAGAUAAGAAGAGAGAGAGGGAGAGAGAGAGUGAGUUUAAAAACGAUUGCACGGUGGAGCCAUAUUUAACCAAUCAAUAUGAUUAAUUAAUAACAGUACCGUAACCAUUUGUCAAGUCGACUUAAUUAACAGUUAAGCAGAAUGCAUACGUAUACACUUGCAUACAUACAUACAUGCAAACAUACAUACACAAACAUACAUACACAGGAACACGUGUAAUUACGUAAAAAACGUAUCUACGUAUCCAACGUGUAACACACAACAGGAACACGAGCACGCGAUGAUACAAAGGGGAAAAUAAUAACACAAGAAACAUAGAAACAUCCGUACUCAAGAGUAUGUAAGGGUCAAGCGAUCGCACAGUAUCGCUCAUUACUUAUUAAAUAAAUCGCGUAGGCACUCACUACGGAUAGGAAAAUAGAGGACUUUGGGACUCGGACCCGGAUAAGAGGGUGCCUGAACGUGCGAGCCACUUCACUCUCGCGUAUGUAGCCUACGUGUUUCCCUCUCGUCGAGAGCACUAACGAUCGAAAAAAAAGUGUGUGACGCGCGUUCAGGUUCUAUCCUAUCGUUAUUUCAAUUGAUCUUUCCAGUGCAGCCUUGAGUUAUUUCACUUAUGGCGUUGCUUUCAACACAAAAUAAAACCCCCUACCACCCACCCCCCACUGGCCACCUAAAAAUCAUCCGCUCAUAUUCCUCGAAAGGAUGACAUACCCUCGACACACCAAUCCUCCUCAGUUUCACACGUACGCGUUGUUUCAAGUUCGUUCGCGAUGUCUCGAUUACGUGAUCGCCCUUUUGGGCACGUCUCCUCGUCCAACAAAAGAAAAAUUUGUGAUCAAAUUCUUUCUAUUGUAUUUUUCUUUUUAUUAUUAUUAUUAUUAUUAUCAACUAUUUCAAAUUUCGAAAAUAUUUGACAUAUCAAGUAUGAUCUCUUUCGGGUUAAUGAAUUCGGAUUAAAAUACAUUUACUUUUUGUUUUGUCAAACUCAAAGAUCUGAAAAAUUCACGGAAAGCAUUGAUAGUAAUUGUGAUAGAAGAAAAAAAAAACAAAAAAAAAAGAGAAAUAGAAAAUUGUAUAGAAUACUUUAUAUAAAAUGGAUGAGAGGAGCCAUGCCUGAGCCACGACGAUCGAAAAGGUGCGAACGUUGAGUUAAACAUUUUGAAGACUUUUAUGUACAGUUAGUUACCGUUUAAUACAGCGCAUAUUAUCGUUUAUUUCGUUGGCGCUCCCUUGUUCUGCCUUUCACGAUUCGCGACGAUCCUCAGAUCGGAUCGUUCGAAAUUUCGAUUGAUUUGGCAAGACAAACGGACCCACGGCAUCUUUAAUGGUAUCGAUUGAGUUUGGUCGAAGUCCCCUUUUGGGCAAACACACCGACGCACUUCCGGUCCCGCUGGCUCGCCGUAAAUCAUUCAAGAAAGAGAAAGAAAGAGAAAGAGAGAGAAAGUGAGAAAAAAAGAGAGUCAGAAAGCCUCCCGUUCGAAAUUCGAUUCUAGUCAAAAAAGGUACAAAGCCGCAGCAAGUGGAGCUCGUUGCGGAGAAAAUCGGUACUUAUUUUAGCAUAUGCUAUGAAACUAAACAAAACGAAAGGGAAAAAAAGGAAGGAGAGAAAAUCGGUUAGAGUAAAGAACGGGAGAAGCUCUUAGUGAUCGCAAGAAAGGAAACAAGAGCAGGAAUUAAAGGGUAAGAAGAGAUGGGAGAAAAAGCAGAAGGGAUGAAAAAUCGGCCAAUUUCCAAAAUACGCGGCCUAGCGGGACCGUACCCGAAAGAAUAUAUCCGCGCGUUGUUGACAAAACAUAGCCUCUUUUCGUUGUACAUCACACGUCGGCCAUGACACGGUCGAUCUCCAUUGUAUGAGGAAGAAAAAAAAAGAAAAAAAAAAAGAAGGAAAGUAAGAAA